UGUCAGUCUGCAGAUGUAGAGGCUGCAGGUCCUGGGGUCAAGCAGGAGAAGACUGAAGGAGUGGAGGACCCACGGCACAGCAGAAACAUCCAGACUGAAGCAGCUGGAGCGCCCCCUGUAGCCAAAGAGGACCCAACCAUCACCCCAGCACCGCCCAGGAACCGAUGCAGCAUCACAGACGUCAAUGGAAUGCCGAAUGCCGCCCUGAAGUCAGAGACAGAUACAGAGACUUUAACUGUAACACACAGGCUCUUACACACAGAGUCUGAUCACAGAUCAGACCCAGAGAGACUGGGGCUGGGGAGACUGGGCUGUCCUCCUGCUCCCGGCUCAGAGUAUUUACCGGUAUUUCAUCAGAGCCAGAGGAUGGUUCAUUACCAUGGUGAUGGCGACGCAUUAGACACUGGGGUUGAUGAUCUGUCUUGUUCUUACGCUACAGAGAUGGACCCUGGCAACAUAUCUUUGGGUUUAGAGACACAGACUGAUCUGUCUAGAGGGGACUGGAACCAGUACAGUAGUAGUGUAUACUCUGAAGGGUGCCUAGAUGAGAAAGGGGAGGUUAUAGUGGUAGAUGAGGUGACUGUGAAAGUGGAGGGCGAUGCUCCUCCCACAUGGAAUGCAGAUAGUCACCUAGGAGACAGAGACUCACAGGGCAGAGAUGUCUUAGAGUACAGGGGAAGCUCAGAGACAAAUAAAAAUGUUGUUACCCACUCCCCUUUACACACGUUCAGGGAUCGCGACUCAGUGUCCACGUCGAUGGGGCCUCCCGAUUCACACGGCCACGUCCUUUUCGAUCAGGUAUUGAACUCAAACGACAGGGCUAGAGCCGAGGCUCAGGGAAGGGGAGCAACAUCAGGCAAUAGUAAAGAGAAACGGUUCCUCUGCAUGUUCUGUAAAAAAGGCUUCAGCUGCCCCCAGAAAGUGGAGAUCCACCAGAGGGUCCACACAGGGGUGAAACCCUUCAGCUGUACCCAGUGUCACAUGUGCUUCGCCCAGGCUGGUGACCUGAAGAGGCACCAGAUGGUGCACACAGGGGAGAAACCCUACAGCUGCCCCCAGUGUGAGAAGAGGUUCUCCCGCCAGCACCAGCUGAAGAGGCACCUGAAGGUCCACACGGGAGAGAGGCCGUUCGCCUGCACGCACUGCGGGAAGAGGUUCUCAGAGAGAAGCUACCUUAGGAUACACCAGCAGAAAAACCAUUCCACUAUAUAA